AUGUUCACUCCUACGCCUUCUCUGGGACGCGCUCUCCGUCGUCUCGCCCUCACCACCAAGCAGGCUGGCAAGGAUUACUACAAGGGUACCGGUUCGGGCGCCAUGGGUCGUCACACCAAGUAUGGUGCCUACCGCAUCGACUGGUCAAAGGUCCGCACCUACGUCGUUCCUGACCUCUCCGAUUUCCAGCUGAAGCCCUUCGUUGCCGAAAACAUCGACACGCCCACAAAGACACACCAGUUCGCCGGCAAUGUCACUGGAAAAAUGUACCUCGAUGCAUGGAAGAGCCAGGGCGGGGACAUCUAA